CCGAGCAUUAGCAGACCCAAGUUCUAUCAAUCGGUUCGUUCCGCUUCAUAUUCCUUGGCUUCGCCGGUUCUUCUAGUUUCCUGCUGCCGCUCUAGUAUUUGAUCAGAUAAGAAGAGGGAAAUGCCGUCUUUACAAACAGCGCUGCCUCCUGAGCUUGCUAACAAUGCCAUCAGGCUUUACCGGGAAUGUCUGCGGAGAGCUAAAUAUAUAGGCCAUAAGCAACAUAAUACUGCACUGGUUGUCGAUAUGGUGAGGCAGCAAUUCAAAAAGCAUAUGCACGAGACAGACCCAGAGAAUAGUCAGAAACUGAAGGAUGAUGCUGCAAGGGGACUGAUUAACCACAUUCUCUACGAGUCUGAGAAGCUGUCCGGAAGAAACUUCAGCAACAGCCCUUGAUAGUGAGUUUUUAUUUGAUACAUUGGUGUUACAGUUUGUUCGUGACUGCUCAACCAAGUAAUAAAGAGGCUUGAAUUUUGGGUUCCCUAAUGAUGUGAUGCAUCAUGUCUUAAUGGUAACAAUUGUAAUGCUAUCUUAUCUUCAGUAAAAGCAAA